AAUGGUUACGGUAUUACAAAUUCAAUUGAAAAUUCUCCAUUUCACAUUGCAAAUGAUGGGAUUGUGUCCUUUUAGUUACGAUAAAGAUACACAACAAUUUGUGAGAACGCACUCUCUUUGGAAGUAUGUGAAGUUCAAUCUAUGUGGAGUACUCUUACCAAUAACACUGAUUUCAUGUGGGGUCUGCUUAGUAAUUGGAGGUACCGCAUUUCAUAACUCCAAUGAUGCAUAUAAAAUUUUGGCUCUUGCAAUGUAUAUCUAUUUUUUUGCGAAAGCCUGUUUAUUUAACUUAUGUACUAUUUACCACAUAAUAUUUGGAAACAAUGAAUUGAAUAUAUUUAUGAAUUUAUUUUUGGAAUUAUUUCGCAAUCACAUAAAGAUGUUUCAAACAGAACCACAUAUCAAUUGGCUUAUCUUCUUGGUGCUAUUUUGGCGAUCGACUUCUUUUAUGUGCAUAUUAAUCAUUCACAAACCCACCUUCUUAACCUUAGUCCUGCAAGUAUUAUGUUUGCCUACGAUUGUGAUUCCCUUUUUGAGUGGUUUACUUUUGAUAAUAGAUAAUGGAAUACUACAAGAUAUAUCGGAUCUGUUAGAUGCAAUGUAUACUAAUUUCACAAAAGCGCAGUUACCUGUGAGAGAUUUUCUCAAAUUGUACAAAAAUGCUAUGAAACUCCGACCUUAUAUGGAGAAAUUCCUAGCUGCUUCAAUACUGCAUGAAAUUUCAGCUGAAAUGGUUCUGUACACGUGUAUUAUGCAAGUAUUUUUUUCUAAAAAAAUAAAAAUAAAAAAUUUGGUAAUUAUAGCUUUGGGCACGUUUCUGCUCCUAAGUUAUACUUUUAUUAUUACGACUACUUGUCAAAAUAUAGCAGAUAGCGAGGUGUGCAUACAAACUGUUUUGUUACGGUUGCAAUUCAAGAAAUCAAAAUUUCAGGGUAACAAAUGGAAACUAAGAAUGCUGGAUCUAUUCUAUAUUAAACGAAUCACAUGUAGUGACAAAUAUCUCACUAUAUGGAACUACAUUCCUUUAAGCAAGAAUUUAUAUCUUCAAAUGUUAUCUGCGAUGUUUUCAAAUAUUUACAUAAUAGCAAGUAUGGGUUUAUCCGGAAAUCGGAUGGCUCAAGCCAAUUUGCCUGGCUUAGUUAGUGUUGAUUCCUUGGUAAAUGAUAUUUGCACAGUUCCAAGUGGCAGAUGGAUGCUAUUGAAUAAGUAG